CUGACAGCAUCUUCACCCUGUCGAUAAUAUAUUUUUCUCUCCAUUUUAAUAUAUUUUUACUGUUGUUCUCUUUCUAUGGCGUCCUAUGACAAUAUCUCUUUUAAAAUUUAAUAUAAUCACAGCUUUGUGUCACAUCGACCUGUACUUUAAAACAUUUUAUAAUUACAUUGCCGGACGGUAGAUAUUCACAGAUAAUCGUCAUUGAUGGUAAUGCAUGCGAGGAAACUUCAAAGGAUUAGCGAUGGGUAUUACGACAAAAACCCGUCACAUCAAUAUCAGAAUUCCAAAUAUUUAGUGUCAAAAAAUUCUAGUAAUGAUCAAAAGUAUGGCAGUGUCAGGGGAAAUGGUACAUCAUAUCCAAGUCCAGGUCGAAGUAGCCCAUCACGAGACAGAUCAUAUUCCAGUAAAAGUUCUUACCACUCUCAAAAAAGUCAUAGAGACAAGGAGAGAGAUUCCCGAGACUAUAAAUCUAGGAAUAGUGAUAAAUAUUCUGAUUACAGUAGAUCACCUAAAGAUAGGCGAAGUAGGGAUGAAUAUAGAACAAACCACGAUCGGAUUACUCCUGAAAAAAUGGUAGUUCAUUCAGUAAAAUGGUCUAAUUCAUCAAGAGAUUCGCGGGAUUCUAGAGAAUCAGGACAACGUAAAGUUGUUCAUAGUUCUUGUCAGAGUAGUGGCAGUAGUAGUAAUAACCGAAAUUCCCGAUCUGGUGAGAGUUCUGUUACCAAAGUUGGUGAUUGGUCAGAACACACAAGUUCUUCAGGGAAAAAAUAUUAUUACAAUUGUAAAACAGAAGUAUCACAAUGGGAUCAACCAAGAGAAUGGUUAGAGGCAUAUCCUGUAUCUCAGCCUACACGGACACAAUACCACCAUGACAAACAUUCCAAUAGCUCAUUAAUGCGUUCUUCAUCUAUGAGUAAUCAUGUGAACAAAAUUUCUCAACAAGUUAAUUGUUCAAGUAGACAAUCAUCACAUCACCAAAAAGAUACAUAUUGGAACCAAACACGAAGUAAUAAUCAUACAAAUGUGUCCCAGUCCCAUCAUGUGCCUGAAUGUAAUAUAGAUAGGUUGGACCAAGAAGGAACCACAAUUAUUAAUUCAUGCGAUUCUUCUCAAACCCAAGACAUGGAACUGUGUAGUGGUGAUAGUACUCCCACUUCAGAAAAAUCAUAUCAAUUACCUUCUGUGACUACCCAAAGACAUAAUUCUUCUAUUUCACAGUCACAGAUCAAAAUUGGAACAGAAACAAAUAUUUUAACUAAUAAUGAUUCAUGUGAAAGAACAAAUGUUGAUUCUGGAUCAACUACACCACCAUUAUCUAUUAUACCACAAAAUUUAGGUGAUUCUUUGUCAACAACAAAUAAUAAUACUACUGAAAGAAGCCCUCCUACACCAAAUUCAGAUACUAAUGUCCAAGAAAAUAAAGGUAGCCCUGUAACAAACCAUACAGAACAAGUGGUACAAACAAAUGCUGUGAUUUCUUACCGACAGCUUGGCUCUACCACAACUCCAAUUAUAUCAAAUUAUGUUCGUGAUGACUUAACAUCUCAUGUGAAAUCAUGGCCAGCUGAUAUAUUAGCUAAACAAGCGCAAAAAUUAAGUGAAGAAGCUCAUAUUUUGGGUAGUGUCCAUUGUUCAAGAGUGUCUGCCGAAUUAAAAUAUGCUCGGUCUAUUGUACGUUUAACUGAAGUACAAGCGUCUUUAUUAGAACAUAAAGUUUUAUUUUUACAACAACAAAUUAAAACAUUAGAAAAGUUAAAAUCUGAAAAUUCUUUUAUGUGUGAAGGUGACGAAGGAGGGACUAUGUAAUAUUUCAAUGAUUCUAGGCCAAACUCCUAAUGCAGUUUUCUAUCAGAUCUCAGAAAUAUGAUAACUUAAUACAAUGUAAAAAAAAAUAUGUAUAUAUAUUUAUACAUGCAUUUUAUUGCAUUUGAAUGAUCUUAUAAGAAACCUAGAACUUAAGACUGAUACAAACGAUGAAACAAAAUUUAAAUGAUAGUUGUUUUCAAUUAUAAUAUUGAAUUCAUUUAACUUUAUUUAAUAAAUAAUUACAUUGUUUGGAUAUUUACUUCAUGAAAACUAAUUACAAUUAGAAAAAUAUGAAUGAUUUUAUAUUAUUCUUAUAUUCCUAUGUUUUAACAAAUUGGAGUUGUUGACCCAUUUCUUUUUCUACUAUAUAAAUUUGUUAUAAUCAAAACUAGUUUGUUUAAAUUAUUUGUAGUUGAACCAUUUUUUAUUUCUACAUUAAUACUAUUUUAAUGUUUUUACUGAUAUAAGUAAAAUUUCUAGUAAUUCUCAAAAUUACUUUAAGUAAUUUAUUUAUUUUAAAUUUAUUAUUAACAGUAUUAAAAUAAAUUUCAAUUAAACUUAGGAAAAUUUAAAUGUUUUUUUCAUAUUUAAUUUGUCUAGUCUAUCAUAAUUUUUGAAAAUCAUCAAUUCAUAAAUUAUUAUGUAAAAAAAAGUAUUUUUAUAUUAAAUGUGUUUCUUAUGACUAAUUUUUAUAAACAAUAAAAUGUAACAUUUAUUAUUUAACACGGAGAUUCAGGCUUUUAUUUACUAAUGAGUUAUUAUAAUACAAACCAACUCUUUUAUUUAUCUGUUAAUAAAUUUUUUUAGUAAAUUGAUUUGAUGAUUUA